AUGGAUGGCAGACAACGAGGUUCGUUUCCAUCGGACACACCCCAGCCACGUGCAAAUACACGAGGCUCAUCGUCAAGAAGAUUCUCGGGAACGUCGUCGUUUGGAGCGAGAUGGGGAUCACAAAUCCUGGAAGAAGCUCGUCAAUCCAGAGGAACCAAUUCUGCAAGAGUAUAUGUCCCUCAUCCAAGUGCUCCAGAUCUCAAAGGAGAGGAUCCGGUGAAACGUCUCUUUAUGGCAACCGUAAUCGGAAACGUCUAUUUCAACUGCACCGAAUACCGAGCGUCAUUAAAGUGUGAAGAUGUCGUGACUUGUCUUUCGAAUAUAUUUUUUUGA